AUGACUUAUGUACUUCUGCAGGCCGCUCGCGCGGACGGACUUCGUGGUGAAAUCAUUUUGAGAGGUCUUGAUCGAUCGAAAUUGAAACAACUAUUUGAAAUCGGAAAAAGAACGGGUCGAGUGAAGGAGGAUCGGAAAGAGGACAAAAAAGAAGUAACGGAAGGUAAGGAGGAGAGGCGGAAGGAGAAGAAAGAACGAGAAAAGAAGUCCAAGGAC